CUUCCCUCUCGUCUUUCGUAAUUCAUACACGAAUUUUGCAUUUCCUUUUUCCAUAAGCAGAGUUGGACGAAAGAGGAACAAUAAUGCACAGAUUUACAGGCAACCGGAUAUUGGGGGAAAGAUUGUCGUGUACCCGAUGGCGACGGUGGUUCUCUGUGCAGGCCGCCGGCCGGAAGGAGAUCUCCGGCGGUGACAACGAGGCCGCGAUCAUCCCGAAAUUGCCAGCCUUCGAGUAUUGUCCUCCGCCCUACGACGGCCCCUCCGCGGAGGAGAUCAUGGCGAAGCGGAAGGAAUUCCUCAGCCCUUCCAUGUUCUGCUUUUAUAAGAAACCCUUAAACUUGGUGGAUGGAAAGGGGCAGUACUUGUUCGACGAGGAAGGGCGGAGAUAUGUGGACGCGUUCGGGGGAAUCGCGACGGUGAGCUGCGGCCACUGCCACCCCAAAGUGGUGGAGGCCAUAAUCAACCAAGCCAAACGCCUUCAACACUCCACAAUUCUCUAUCUCAACAAUGCCAUCGCUGAUUUCGCCCACGCACUCGCCUCCAAAUUGCCUCCCAACCUCAAAGUGGUGUUCUUUACGAAUUCGGGAACAGAAGCCAACGAGCUGGCGCUGAUGAUGGCCAGGCUCUACACUGCCAACCACGACGUCAUCUCUCUCAGGAACUCUUAUCAUGGUAAUGCCGCCGCUACCAUGGCCGCCACUGCUCAGAGCAUUUGGAAAUUCAACCUCAUUCAGAGUGGGGUUCAUCAUGCUCAGAAUCCAGACCCCUACAGAGGCAUCUUCGGAUCAGACGGAGAGAAGUACGCCACAGACCUGCAAGAAAUCAUCCAUUAUGGAACUUCCGGCAAUAUCGCUGCCUUCAUAUCCGAAGCUAUACAAGGAGUGGGUGGAAUCGUUGAACUGGCCCCUGGAUACUUGCCGGCGGCGUACAAAAUCGUAAGAAACGCCGGCGGGCUCUGUAUCGCUGAUGAAGUCCAAGCCGGGUUUGGGCGAACAGGAUCCCACUUCUGGGGGUUUGAAACCCAAGGCGUUGUGCCGGACAUCGUCACCAUGGCCAAAGGAAUUGGGAACGGAAUCCCACUGGGCGCUGUGGUAACGACUCCAGAGAUCGCACAGGUCCUGACUCGAAGCAGUUAUUUCAACACCUUCGGAGGGAACCCGGUCUGCACAGCGGCCGGCCGGGCCGUUUUGGAAGUAAUCGAAAAGGAGAAGCUUCAACAAAACGCAUUCGACGUCGGCACGCAUCUCAAGAACAGGCUCACUGCGCUCCAACAUAAACAUCAACUUAUUGGAGAUGUGAGAGGAAGAGGACUGAUGCUUGGCGUUGAGCUCGUCACCGACCGACAGCUUAAAACUCCAGCCAAGGCUGAAACUCUGCACCUCAUGGACCAAAUGAAAGAUUUGGGGCUGCUGAUCGGGAAAGGUGGGUGCCAUGGGAAUGUGUUUAGAAUCACUCCUCCGCUCUGCUUCACUAAACAAGACGCAGAUUUUCUUGUGGACGUAAUGGACUACACGAUGUCCAAGAUCUGAACUUCAAAAGGGGAAAAAAAGAACAGUUAAACUUCAAUGUAAAUUUAUUGAGAAUACUAGAGAUCGUAGCCGUCAAAUCUGUAUCAUAAUUCAUAUGGGAAUGCUACUUUGUGUUGUGAGUGGUAAAUUGUUACAUAUAUAUAUAAUAUAUAUACAGAAAUUGGCAUCA